CCCUCGCUGCAGGCGGCCAGCUAUGUUGGGGAGAUGUGCAUCCGCCAGCACCGCUGUUUCCUCCUCACCGCCUUCAUACAGGAACGAUGCAUCCGCUUCAUCAGGUGGGAUCGUGCGGGAGCGAUCGUGUCUCAGCCGUAUGACUGGAUGAAGGUCCUGGAGGUCCCCCUCAAAUUCUUCUGGUGUCUAGCCAAGUGCGGCGACGAGCAGCUGGGAUGCGAUCCUACCGCCCCGCUGGUGGACCCUCGCGAAAGGAGUUUCAUAUCGCGGAAGGCGAGGGAGCUCGUCCAGAAAUACAGCUCCAGCGAGUAGCUUGUCGAAUACAUCAAGGAGGCAACCAAGAAUACGACGGUGUUUCCGUGGGUCAGGGCAAAUGCCUGUGUCCCCUCUGUCGAAGUGGUCUAGCAUUCUGAUCUUCCGUAAGAUCGCAUGUCAGGACGCCGAGGACCCCGCCCAGACGCGCAUGUACUAUGUUGCGAGACAUUGCGCAGCUUCCCGAUCCGCUCGCGGUCGCGGUACGAAGGGGCUACAUCGGGUUUGACUUUGAGUCAGCCGAGGCGCAGCUAGUCUUCAUCAAAGACCUGUGGUAUCCUGAAGGCAUGCGACCCGAGCUGGCGAAUUACGCUCUGCUUCGUCAACAUGAGGUGCCAAACGUCCCCAUUGUUUUUGCCGGGGGCUCCGUCGGAGGCGACGGAGCACAGGCGACUCUCAAUCAAGACUCGUUCUCUGACGGCUCGAGUCGGCCAUGGAAGCGCAUUCACCACCGCAUUGUUAUGAAGCAGAUCGGUCGUCGUUUGAAGUACUUUAAGGAUCAGAAGGAGCUUCUGCGGUGCACGUAUCAUGCCUUCAGAGGUACUAGCUCGUAACGCAUCCCGAGACUGAAGCCCAAGCUCACUUCUUGGUUUGAUAGCGCACAGGGCUGCCUACGAGAAGGCAGGGCUAUUGCACCGCGACGUCAGCGCAGGCAACAUCAUGAUCGACGUCGAGACUGGCACAGGCUUCCUCGGCGACUGGGACCACGCUGAACUCGUACAAGCAACGGACGAGUGGCAGCAAGUCGUAUGUUUCUUGCUGUCUUACUUAUAAUAGCCUAGUCCACAUGCACGCUUUGACAAUAGGGAACGUAGCUCUACAUGUCGGCUGCGCUGCGAACAUUCCCUCUGAAGCCUCAUCAUUCGUUUGACGACCUCGAAUCAUUCCUUCACAUAUUGGAGAUCCUCGCCAUGCGCUUCUGCCUGCACUGCUGAUCCAGCCCAGUACUACUCAGGGAGGAAACAGACGAACG